AUGGGUUAUGUUACUUUUCAAUUUUUGUUGUGUUUUAAAUCUUUAAGCGAGGCAAUCUUGGGCAGGACUUGCAAAGGUGACAAACCAACCAGACAAUGGUCUGACCUUCCUCACGAGCUUUUAGCAUUAAUUGCUGGAGGCUUAGGCAUAAUUGACCUUCUCAGCUUUCGUGGUGUGUGCAAGGACUGGAAUGUUGCUUCUCGUACAGCUUCAGCAAAGAUUGAAUCAUCGCCAUUACGUGAACCUUGGUUUCUACUUUAUGGAGAAAGUUCUCAAUGCCUCCUCCUCAGUGAAUCCGGUAGAAGGUACACCAUCAACAUCCCAGAGCUGGGCAAUGGUGGAGCCACUUGCAUAGCAUCAAAAAAUGGAUGGCUUCUUCUACGGAUAGAAAACUCUAUUUUCUUCUUCUGCCCAUUCUCUGGGUCAAAAAUAGACCUUCCCAAGUUGCCUAACUCAAACUUCUCAAAUUAUGCGGCUACAUUUUCAUCUCCUCCUACCUCCCAAGAUUGCAUUGUUUCUGUUGUUUGCCAGAAUGAUACAUCAGAUUUGGAACUGUGCGUUAUUGGCCGUGGGGAUAAUGAAUGGAAAAACCAUAAGCGCAAGUGUAACAAAGAGAUACCACCCAAGAAAAUCAAAUGUGCAGCAUAUUGUGAAGAGGAAUUCCAUUUCUUUGACGAUGCAGACAAACUAGUGGCCUUUUCCGUCAAGAGUUUACAGUGGAAUAUCUUUAGGAUAAUUUCGCAGGAAAAGCCUGGUGUUGGAUGCCUACCAUAUUACAUGAGAAGGAAUUACUUCGAGACGAAGAAUAUGAGACACCAAUUAGGUUUGGGACGAGAUGUAUCGAUAUCUAUUUGUGGGAUGGUAUCACUAGCUAUUGCCCCGCGAAAUAGAGAAAGGAUCAUCUUUGGUGAGUUCAUCAAUGCUCCUCAACCUCAAGGAUCUGAAGAACGUAGCCUUAAGGGGGUGUGGAUCCAACCUCGAUUCUUUUAUGUUCCAGCGAAUCAGAGCUGGUAGGGUUAAACCCUCAUCUUCUUAGCUAGUAUUAGGUAACUUAGUAUAAUGGAGUUUUUUAAGUUAUUAAUUAGUCUUGAUUUUGUGUAGGAUCAUCUUCUUCUGUUUUUUCUUUUCUUUUUUUUUUUUUUUCUUUUGGUUCCAUGAAUUGUGUUUAAUCUAUUCCAUAAUUUAAC